AUGACGGAUAAACAAGUAUUCAAGAAUGAUGAAAUUGAAAUGGAAAAUGAGACUACCUCAACAACAGAAGAAGAUUAUUUCUAUGAAGAAGAGGAAACGGUUAAGUACGACAAAAGUCCAAACAGUAUAUUGAAAUUCUUCAAUGUUCUGUUUUUCAGACAACCAUUAUCUCAGAUGAUCAUUGGUAGAAGAAGAAACUUGAGGUUGAAAGAUAUGAAGCCUUUACCCAAAACUCUUGAAGUAGAAAAAUACAACAACGACUUACAACUUCUAUGGUCAGAGGAAGAAUGCUGUAAAAAUCCUUCUCUUAUGUGGGUUAUUUUCAAGAAAGAGUGGAAGUCCAUGUUAUUUGGUUAUUUCACUAUUGCUGUUUAUGAGUUGUUUUCACUUGCGUUUCCUUUAUUGACACAAUUUAUCAUCAAAUGGUUGAACAAUAAAGAAGCCAAUGUAACGUUUGGAAUCGUAUGGAUAUUACUUUCUGUUAUUUUCCAGUUGAUAACUACAUUAGCAGGUGAAUUUGGUAAAAAGUGGCUAUAUGUUGUUUCCCUAAGAGUACGAAAUGGUCUAAUCAGUCUCAUUUACGAAAAGGCUUUAAAACUAAACGCCGCGGGUAUAGCAGAACCCGGUAAAUUAGUUAACCUAAUGUCCACAGAUGCUGCUAUAUUUGUUGGCAAUUUUGAAAUCAGUGUGUAUGGACUUGCAUCUCCUGUUAUGUUUAUUGUUUUGUUUGUAAUGAUUGGUAUUUAUAUAGGGAAGUGGGUCUUUGUUCCUUUAAUUGUCUUUGUUGUAUUUCUUGUAUUCAACAUAUUGUUUGGAGUGCUUUAUGGUUUAUUUUAUACUCAAUUCAUUCGAAUGAAAGACAAAAGACUAUCCUUUAUCAAUGAGGUUCUUAAAAAUAUCAAAUUUGUGAAAUAUAAUUCAUGGGAGAAGGCAAUGGAAAAGAAAACCAAAUACCUCAGAUUCGUCGAAUUGGUAAAAUUGUUCUUUGUUGGUAUCUCAAGAGGCUCUUUUUUCACGUUUACAAUUGAAGUUGGCUCUGCAAUGGCAAUUGUUCUUUUUGUUGUAAUGGUUUUCACGAAACAACAAUUCCAACUUGCAAAUGUCAUCACGUCCAUUUCACUGUUUAAUGCGGUUCGGGCGCCCAUAAGAACACUGGGGUUGUUGGCUUCUUGUUCUUCAACUAUUUUUGUUUCCAUCAAAAGAAUAAUGAAUUUCUUGUUAACUUUGGAACUUAAGCCAGUUGAAUCUUCAAGUGAUUUUUCUGAUGAUGCAAUUGAAAUGAAAAAUGCCAAACAUAUUUACCCAAAUGGUGAAACUGCUUUCGAGUGUGAAACUCUAAACAUCAAGAAAGGUGAAUUGGUGUGUGUUUUAGGAAAUGUAGGGAGUGGUAAGAGUUCAUUUUUACUUUCAUUGUUGAACGAAUUGGAAAAAUUUGAAGGUGAAACUGGUUUACAUGGUAAAGUGUCUUACGCAAGUCAAACUCCCUGGCUUAUGAACGUUUCCGUUCGAGAGAACAUAGUUUUCAUGGAAAGUUUCGAUAAAAAGAGAUACAACGAGGUUAUCAACUCUGUCUGUCUUGCAAAAGAUAUUGAAUCUCUACCAGGUGGGGACUCUUAUGUAGUAGCGGAGAAGGGAGCCAAUCUUUCUGGUGGGCAAAGACAACGUAUUUCACUUGCACGUGCACUUUAUGGAGCAAAAGAUAUUGUUCUAUUGGAUGACCCCCUUAGUGCGGUGGAUUUUAAAGUUGGAAAUUUUAUAUUUGAAAAUGCUAUUCAAAAGGCGUUGAAAGGUAAAACAAGGCUUGUUGUGACUAAUCAGACUUAUUUUAUUCAAAAUGCAGACCGAAUCCUGGUAGUUGAAAACAACAAACUUGUAUUUAAUGGAUCUUUAGAAGAGCUCAAACUAUCAAAAGUUGAAGCUUCAGGUUUGGUGAAAAUACUUUCAGAAAAGAGCGACGAUCAUAAAGAAACAGAAGAAGAUACCAACUUUGUUAGUGGAGAUGCAGUCCACACAAAAAUUCAAGAGGAAAGCCGAGAAGUCGGUGGGUUGUCGCCCUUAGUGUAUUAUAAUUAUAUCAUGUCGGGUUCAAUAUUCGCGUUUUUGGCUAUUCUCGUCUUUCUCUCUGGACGUAUUGCAGCCUUAUUCUAUUUCAAUACUUUUCUCACAAAGUGGGGGAAGUCGCUUCACCCACUUCUCAAAUUGCCACAAGGAGAUCGUGCUGCUUUCAACAAUUUUUGUUACUCAUUUGUUGCAGACUUUUUGGCACUCUUUUUAUGUGAAAUGUCCAUUGUAUUUUUAUGUCUUGGGAGUUCGAAAAAAUUACAUGAAAAGAUGAUGCACCAUAUUAUGAAAACAAAACUUGGCUAUUUCGACAUAACUCCAAUUGGAAGAAUACAAAAUCUGUUCACCAAAGAUUUCCAUAACUUAGAUUUCAAUCUUUCGUAUUAUAUCGAACCAAUUAUCAUGAAUUUAUCUAGUAUUCUUAUAACAUUUAUCACUAUUAGUCAAACAAACAUUUAUUUAGUUAUAUUGGUCUUGAUACUUGUUAUCUUGUUUAUUGGGUUGUACUUCUUUACUUCAAAGGCUGUCAUUGCUUUAGUGAGACUUGACAGUAUCACCAGAGGUCCUAUUUUCGUUCACUAUGAUCAAACAUUGCUUGGAUUGCCCACUGUAAGAUCUGCAGGUGCACAAGAUACGUUUAAAGAAAAGUUGGUUGAUAAAAUAAAGAGUAACACAAUUGCAAUUUACACAAGUAAGAUGGCUCGAUUUUGGUUCCUUCAGAGAAUGGACUGGCUUGGCGCAAUUGUUUCUGUCGCGACUGUUAUUGUAAUUGUUGUUAAUAAAAUCAAAGGAUUCAUGGAACCAUCUCUAGCUGGAACGGCACUCACGAAUAUAACAAACAUUUCAAAUUCCAUUUCAAACUUUUCUCUAAGCAUCAUAGAAAUUGAAACAUUAAUGCAGUCAACCGAAAGAAUAUUAAAGAUGAAUGACUUAAAAAAAGAAGAGUCAGAAAGACUGAAAGAGAAAUAUAAUACAAUUUCUGCGUCAUGGCCAAAUAGUGGGAAAAUUGAAUUUGUUGAUUUCAAAUUCAGAUAUCGAAAAGGUCUUCAAGUUGUAUUAAAGAAUGUCUCGACAACAAUUCAAGACAAAGAGAAAAUUGGUGUUGUUGGUCGAACAGGUAGUGGAAAAUCAACAUUGAUGGCUGGUCUUUUUAGAAUAGAAGAACCGCUCAGUGGUAAAAUAAUGGUAGAUGGUGUUGACAUCACGACAAUCCCUUUAAGACAACUCCGAAAGCGUAUGUGUAUACUCCCACAAGAGUCCACUCUUUUCAGUGGUACUGUAAGAGAUAAUUUGGAUCCAGAAGGCAAAUAUGAUGAUAAACAAAUAAAAGAAGCGUUAUCUUUAGUUGAAUCUCCAUGUGAUUUGGAUGAUAUAGUAACUGAAGGUGGCGACAAUUAUUCACAAGGACAAAAACAAUUAAUUUGUAUAGCAAGAGCAUUACUCAAGAAAACAAAGAUACUUAUAAUGGACGAAGCAACUGCAAAUAUCGAUAUACAGACUGACAAAACAAUUCAAGAAAUGGUAAAAAGAAACUUUGAAGACUUGACUGUGAUAACUGUUGCCCACAGAUUACAAACAGUAAUGAACUCUAACCGAGUGAUGGUGUUUGAAAGUGGUGAAUUGAUUGAAGAUGAUUCUCCAAUUGAAUUGAUCAAAAGAGAAAAUACCAGAUUCAACAAAUUAGUCCAACAAUCAGGAUGUUCUGAAGACCUUGUGAAUAUGGCGAAGAAUGGGUCAAAUCAAAAUAAUUACGAUGAACAAAUGAAAACCAAAUCACUUGAUACUUCUGGAGACUUUAUAACAAAAAACAAUAAAAAUGUUAAAUCAAUUCAAUUGCUCAACCCUGAUUCUACACUAGCAAGUCCAAUUGCUUUCCAAGAGACGUUCGAAAGAGAGAUUAGUGACCAAAAACUUAUCAAUUCUCAAAAUGAUACAGAGGCUACUAACUCGUCUUCAUCUUAA